AGGAACAGUAGCUACCAACUGAGCGUUUGUUGAAGAUGACUUUGGAGGAGAGGCGCAAAGAAUAUUUGAGGGACUAUGUUCUACUGAAAGAUAUUCCAACAUGGAUGGAAGACAUGAAAAGUAAAAGUGAAAGUGAUGAUGAAAACACUAAGGAAGUUUUGCAGGUGAAGAAAAGUCUGAGUGAGAAGGUUUCUCUCUAUAGAGGUGAUAUUACCCUGCUUGAGGUGGACGCCAUAGUUAAUGCAGCUAAUUCCAGUCUUCUUGGAGGUGGAGGGGUGGAUGGUUGCAUACACAGAGCUGCUGGGCCCUGCUUAGUUGCUGAAUGUCGCAACCUGAGUGGCUGUGAGACAGGACAAGCUAAAAUUACUUGUGGAUAUGACCUACCUGCAAAAUAUGUCAUUCAUACUGUGGGGCCAAUAGCAAGAGGCCAUAUCACUGAUAUUCAUAAAGAAGACCUGGCAAAUUGCUAUAAAUCUUCCCUGAAACUGGCAAAAGAAAACAACAUCAGAUCAAUU